CUUCCGCUGACUUAGCCCACCAGCUAGUGUGUGUGAUACUCAAUUGGGCGCUCUAACAAUAAAAAAUAAAUGUAUUCAAAGAAAUAUGGAAGACAGUUGGGCGGUGGCGUUAACAGGUGGGACCAUUCUUGCCAAUGAGGGCAGAUACGAGUGCGUUAUCAGGCACAACGCCGAUAUUUUUCUCAAAAUUGCUGGGAUGUCACGUGUCCUACUUAUAUCAGUACACUCGUAACAACCUAACUAUGCAUUACGAAACGUAUAUUUGAUCAAAUAAACCACACGUAGCAAAUAAUCCAUGACAUCCUUCGAUAACUAAAUUCGACACUCAUUGGGCCCAGUUAUCCAUCUCUUCCCAUAUCCACCAGUGAGCUCCAGCAUGCGUCUAGACUUUACGUCUUGGCGUCGUUUGACUAGAGAACAAACGCACGCAGUUGCAUUUAAAGAAAUCACCUCACCGGUAGAUUUCUCGAAUGAACUGAGAGCAGUAAACAUUGACGUCUGUUGAAUUAAUAUAUUGGCAACACCUACGCCAAAACAGGAAAAUGGCUGUGAACGUUUACUCAACCUCAGUGUGUAGUGACAACUUGAGUCGUCAUGACAUGCUUGCAUGGAUCAACGAAUCUUUACAGAUCAACCUGACUAAGAUAGAGCUGUUAUGUUCAGGUGCGGCCUACUGCCAGUUCAUGGACAUGCUCUUCCCUGGCUGUGUGCCUUUGAAGAAAGUAAAAUUUGCUGCAAAACUAGAGCACGAAUUCAUUCACAACUAUAAGAUCUUGCAAGCUGGCUUCAAAAGAAUGGGUGUCGAAAAAAUCAUCCCUGUUGACAAGUUGAUAAAAAGCAAGUUCCAGGACAACUUUGAGUUUGUGCAGUGGUUCAAGAAGUUCUUUGAUGCCAACUAUGAUGGGAAAGAGUACGACCCUGUGGAGGCUCGCCAGGGCCAAGACUCCAUGUCCAACCCCGCCAUGUCGGCCCUCAACAAGCCCAAGAAAAUCCUCAAUGCUGCACCCCAGCGAGCAGCAGUUGCCAAGGUAGCACCCAAAAUGGCGCCCAGCUUGGCGCGGAGACCAGGGGCUGGCGGAGGUGACGAGGAGCGGGCAGAACUCAUCCAGGAGGUGAAUAUACUGAAGUCCACCAUCCAGGACAUGGAGAAGGAGAGGGACUUUUAUUUUGGCAAACUGAGAAACAUUGAACUCAUCUGCCAAGAGGAAGGAGAGGGGGAUCCCACACUGCAGAGGAUCGUGGAUAUACUCUACGCCACAGAUGAGGGCUUUGUCAUACCGGACGCUGAGUCAGAGGACCAGGAGGAAUUCUAACGUUCAAGAGUGGAUCAUGCAGCUUUUAAUACAACCCCUCAACCCACCAAACCCCUUCAAUCAGCUACCACAUCUCCAUCCUCGCCCUACUUACAACACCCCCUCCAAAAAAUGUAUCAUGUUAUGUGUUCGUGGUCUCUGAGUGGACUGUAUAUCAAAUGUUUUUUUUUCCUGUAAAAUCAAGUUGAAAUAAGUGAAGUGUGUGUGUGAACUACCUCCUCUUCUGAAAGCCCUUCUCUGGGUCAUCCCAUUGGCCCGUAUCAGCAUCAUGUUGGUAGAAGGCAGCCAUUUUGGCUCUAUUUGGGUCCAGAAGAGUGAACUGUCCAUCUGUAAGAUGUCACUUUUUUGUUUGCUUGUCUUUCCCCCUCAAUUUCUGUCUGUUCCGGGAAUUGGCGUUACAAGUUCAUUGGAACCUGCACUCACUUUUGUACAUAGUAUUUUUCUUAUUUGACCUGUUUCCUAAAUUAUCACUGUUUUUGCCACGUGUAGCAAUUGUUUUCUGGGUCUGAGCAAAUUCACUUUAAGCAAGUAGAAACUCAAUGUAGUGAUCGUGGGACAUUUUCUUUGCUUUACUAACCAACUGUUCAUAUCCCUCAAACCUAGUUGAGUUCACUACUUUCAUUUGGUCUCCUCCUGUUUGGAUAUUAACCUUUUUUUAAACGGUGCAAUCCUUUUUAUUCCAGGAAAGUGGCAUUUUUUCUCUCAAAGAUUCAGGUCAACGCCUCUUAGUGUGGCUGCAAUUCUCGGGACAGCUCAUAACAACCUGACGAUAUUUAUGAAGAAACAUGUUAGAAACUUCAAACUUAUGGUGGAAUACUUUGUGCGUGAUUUAUCUGUUUUGUUUGUCUCUUGGAUGUUGGAAGGCAUGUGCACUGUGGAUGCCAGAAACGUUCUGGUCCCAAGCUUAUCCCAAAUUACCCACUUUGUUUUUUGUUGGCAUUUCUCUUGUCUAAAAUUGUUCAGUUGGCAUGGGAUAAAGUUUUAACUUGAUUUAGCACCUCUAGUGUCAAUGCAUCUUCUUAGGGAAUGCAAAAGGUAACUGAUGUUUUUCUAUUUUCUACCUUCAUUUUUUUUUUUUUUUUUUACACUCCAGUCUUGCAUCUUAAUCUGUUUUGAUUAUGGAGCCACUGCACCAUUGACAGGUUCUAGGCCCAAAACGCUGAUGCGCAAAUAGAACUGCCAGUCUCUGCACUGGAAGAUAAGAGAGAUUCUAAGUUUUAUGAAUUGCCUUAUUCUUAAAUACCUUUCAUAACCUACAUAUGUGACUUUGUACUCUCUUUUUGGCAAAUGUUUGUAAUUCGAUUUAAAGAAUUGUCAUUUCAGAUCUUUUUUUUGUUCUGCUGCUCUGAAUGGCAGUCUAGAGAAUCUGUCAAAUAGAUGUUCAGUCUUCCAGUUAAUACACUGCUCUGACAAAGACCAAUUUACAUUUGUACAUUGAUGGUUCAUUUGAAGUGUUCUGAACUUAUUGGUGUACUUAAUCUAACUCGUGCCACCCAUCUGUUGGCUGAAAUGACCCAGCUGAUUAAUUAGAAGUACAUAACUGUCAAGUCCAAAGUCUUGCCUCCUUGCAGGGCCUGUUAAAUAAUGUGUAUAAUAAAUUGAACAGUAAUGCCACAACAAUGUGAUCUAUAGCAUCCUUUGGUUGUGCUGGUCGCUGGGCAUUAGUUUUGCAUGUCGUUUUUUUAUGAAGGGGAUUUUCUGAUGCUGAAUAUGUAAUGAAUUGCCUAAUGGCUUGAAGUCCACGUGGGAGCUGCACAUAGAUUUGACCAUUGUGGUGUACUUUAGUUUUCUGGCACUAAAACGGAAUCUUUCUAGGCAAUGAAGGAAGUUUGAAUGUCGUGCAAAAACCUUCCGAAAUGCAUGGGGAUGCCUGGCUGUAAUAUUAUUUUUACAUUUUGGUCCUCGUUACUUUCUUCUGGACCACAACCCUAAUUUCAUUUGUCUACUUUUUGGGAUUACCAUGUCCAAAACAGUUUUUCAAAAUGUAUUGGGAUAUGAAUGUGUAUGUGUAACACACAGAAAUAAUCAUUGUGACUGUUAACCUUGAGUCCAGAAACAUUUGUUUUGACUGAUAGUUUAAAAAUAUAAUUGUCUUUUUUGAAUUUGGCUUGUUUAAAGACUAAACUAUCCUGGUGGCAGAUUUGUGGGUAUUUGGGUCUUUAACACGGGUCAUGUUCCAGCAGUCUACAACCAAUGGUUGUGUGCAACGUCAUCGACUGCGCAGUCUAUCAGUUUGCUAUAUCAUAUGUGGUUUGCAGAUAUUAAACACUUAUCCAUGAGUUGAGAUCUGGCAGGCAUCUACAAUGUAGUCAGUCUGGAAGGUGGAAAUAGUUUUGGUAAAGUGCAUUUUAUAUGCAAGGCAGAACCCCGCAAUGACCUGUUUCAAUCUAACCUUGUGCCAAUCUUGACCUUUUAACCAUCGAGCAACUCCCUGUUAGCUAUUGGUUCCUGAUUGUAUUAUUUUCUAGAUAUUCUGAAUGAUUAGUGUGGUAAUUGGAAGGAGCCCUUUCAGCUCUUGUGUUUUUGGGGUGUGAAAGAUCAGUGGUGCUCAUCAGAUAUCCCCUGUGACAUAAUAAUCUGAGUUGACAUUCUGGUACACUGUGGGCCUUGUGGCACCUUCUGCUCUCCUUUUUUUUCUGUUGAUUUUUAAUUUAUUUUAAUAAAAAAAAAAAAAUGUUUUUUAUUGAUGUAAACAUUUUUUUCCAGCGGGAAAUGUAUUUUAUUUUUUCUGAUUUACUUAAAUCAUGUUUGCCGAAUCAAGUUUCUUACAAACAAUAAAACAGUAUUUCAAGACCC